CUCUCAAUGCUAGUUAGUCCCAGUGAGCUGCACGUCUCCAACCAGAGCGUCUGAGGUGAACAGGGUGCUGUGUUUCUGCUGAUAGCCAUGGCUCUUGGACUCAUUCUGCGGGUUUCCUGGAUUUGUUUUUUGCUGUUUGAUGGCAGUGCUGGAUUACCAUUUAAAGGUUAUGGAUAUCGAGUUAAAAAUGACUUGCGCAACCUUGGUGAUGAUGGAGAAGACGAAGCGUUGCUUUCCUCACUCUCUGCUCAGAGUAACUGGCAGGCUUACGGUGGUCAGGAUGUGGCUGCUACUCUGACCGGUCCUGGAUCCCCAAACCAGAACCUAAACUCUGGCUCCAGUGGAAGUGGCUACUACAACCCUCAUCUUGUCUAUGAGGACGUCUUCCAAUAUCCUGAGCCUUCAAAUGCUGCUGGACAGUAUGGCCAAGCUGAUUACAUGAGCGAGGGAUCUUCAACUUCCUCCACCCAACAGGGAUCCUUCCCCAGUUACCCAACAUAUGUGGGAGCCCAACCUGCCUAUCCGUCUGUGGUGUUAAGCCCCUCUUAUGGGUUCUCUGGAGGAGAGAACCCCAACUUCAGUCAACUGGGCUACCAGCCACGUGAUGAAAUUCCUUCGCUUCCACAAACUUAUGUCAGCCCCCAAAAUGUUCAGGUUGCCCAGAGAGUGAGUGAACCGAUCCUUCCUCCGCCACCUCCAAGCUAUAUUGUCCAGUCCAGAAACGGCUACCAGCGAGCCAGGUAUCUCUUCAAUAAAUCCAGGUACUCCCCAGAGGUUGGCUUGCCACUGUCUGUACACUCAAAGGGUGCCAAGGGUAAUCCAGCUGCUCCUAAGGGUGCAAAGAACCCUGAAAGAACAAGUGUACAUGGAUAAUAUGUCCCAAGUUGCAGAAUGCUGUGCCCUCUGAAGAAACAAAAUAAAAUAUUUU